AUGUAGAUGUAGACAUCUGAUGCUCAAUUUGAAUUGAUUUACCAAAACCUCUGUAAGGAUGAUAGGUUUUGCUUUGAUUUAAGAAUGCAAUUCGAGAAAAUUUUAAAAGCUGAGCAAGAGAGAUAUCGUGCAUACAGUGAUCUCGCUAACUUUCUGAGCGGACUAGCUAAGGAACCUUUUUAAGAAACAAUAUCUAUAAUUGAAAUGCUGGAAGAACUCGCAAAGAGCAUAUAAGAAGUGAAUUUAAAAUACAUGGAGAAAUAUAACGAUGACUAGGAUAAAGGACUUAUUAAAUUGUUGAAAUCAAAAAUAAUACCCAGCUUGGUAGAUGGACAGAGAUCUGUUGAAGUUUAGAAGAAGGCAUUAAAUGAAUACAAAGAGAAAGCCAUAAGAUUAAAGAAAUUGGAGUAAAAGAAGGAGGAAUACAUGAUGAAGAAUGACGAUAAGUUGCUCAACAUAGAGAAGCAAGUAUAGGAGGCUAGGAGAGAGAAACUGGAGAAGGGAUAAACAUUUAACUUCACAUAUUAAAACUACGUCGAAGAUAAAAAUGAUGAGUUAAAAGGCCUGUUCAAGCACUUCUUCAAUAGGCUUCUGGUGAUAUCUACGGCAGGUCUUCAGCAUUACUCAUUGGCCAUCAAUAAGGUUCACACAACAAAUGAAAUUAAGGAAAUUGAAUUUUAAUUGGGAGAAUUGGGUAUUAUAAAGAGGAAAAAAAAGUGA